AUGGUGCGCAUCAAGGAGCGCUACAUCCUGGUCAACAUCCUCUAUCCACGCUCGCCGACUGAAAAGAGCAGCGUUCCCGACUUUGUUGCCUUCCGCCAGCCUACCCAAAACGAUCUGACGCCACAGCUGCUUCUGCGCGCUAUCAAGAACGAAGUCUUUGCCCUGUUUGGCGACUGUGGCGCCGGUGCCGUCGAGCGUACACUAUCUGUCAAAUACCUGUCCAAGACAACCUCCACAGCCAUCUUGCGCAUCACUCGCGAGCAUCUGCGCUAUGUCUGGACUGCCCUGACCUUUAUGCGCCACGUGCCCAUCCGCGGCGGCAGACCAUGCAUCUUCCGCGUUGCCCAUGUUAGCGGCACCAUCCGCAAGGUCGAGGAGGAGGCCAUCCGGCAGUCGCGGGCCCUGGUACUGGCCACAAAGGCUCACGUAGCCGGCCAGACCGCUUCGGCCUUUGAUCUGCUCACCAAGACUGCAGCCAAGGACCCUGCCGCCGUGGCCCUGGACGCGGACGAAAGCGGAGAUGAAGAGGGCAGCGAAAGUGAAGACACAGACGACGGAGUAGAGCUGGCCGACAUGGACGAUGACGACUACGGCAAACAAGACGGCGCCGACCGAAGCUGA